GUGAAUUAGAGCCGGCUGAUUGAUUACCCAUACAAAUUUUAAAUUGUAAAAUAUUUUGUUCUGUUGAAAUGUGAUUGACUUUCGCUAAAAUAAAUUUGUUAAGCUUAGUUUUCAAUCCGAUACCUAUGUCAAACUUCAUCAAGAACAGGGUCAAUUUGUAAUUUGCUUCAUAUCAUUGAAAUGGGCGCAGUAUAAGCUAAGAAACCAUAAUAGGAACUUAAAUUUUAAAAUGGAACCGACUUCGACCAAUGUCGCAGAACUUCUUCAUAAAUUAUGUUCCCAUCUGUCAACAGAUCUAGAUGGUGCAUAUGAACUGGCUAUGUCAUAUUUGUCAUCAACAAGCGAGAAGACGCGUUCAUCUGCAGACGAGAAACUACUUUGUCAAAAGAUUUACUCAAAGUUGUGUAGCAGAUCCUCUCGAGAUGCAGAAAAGUUCAAUGAAUAUCAUUCAAAAUUAAGGAAUUGUUUCAUUCUAAAACAGCGUUUAUCUGUUUUGAGCCUGUUGUUAGCCCUGUCAGAACUGCCGCAGCACUCUGAUUCAACACUUCAGCUGUUUCCUAUACCACAGUUAGCUAACGCUAAAUCUGCAACUGGUAUCCCGGCUGUUACACCUAGUAUAAGCAAGAGUACUAUUGGUUCAGUGAGCUGCACCAACUCACUAAAGCAACAAAUUUCUGAGCAGAGCAUACCUUCGAAUAAUAAUAUGGCACUGUCAAUCCACCAAGCAGAUCGUCCGAAUGAGCGUAGUUGUGUGCGUGAAGCUGUGUUGGCGGCUACUGGAGUGAAAUGUCGUAAUUCUGGAGCUGGAUCUCGACCGAUGCAAGCCCUGUACUCUCGUAUUGCUCACCUGGGUUUUCUGCAUGAUAGACUAAAAGAAUUCAUUGAUCCAUUGUCUGGCCUCAUGCCGCAAGGUUUGAUGGGUGAGGGCCUAGUAACCGCCAUCAGAGAUGAACUUACAGAGUACUACCGCAGUGUUGCACUUCUUCAAUCACAGGCUUGUGAAGGUGACGGAGGAGGCGCCACCUUACGUCGCGUGUGUGUCUGGGCACAAGAGCCUCUGCACCGUCUCACGUGGCUUGCUAAUAUGGCACAUGCUGCACAACAUAAAAAAGGUGGCGAGCUAGCGUCGUGCGUGCACCGCUUUGUCCGUCACGGCGACGAGCGCGUGUCGUCACUGGCGCGCCGCCUGCUCACUGCGCUCACCUAUCCGCUACUGCUCAUGCUGACCCGCUGGCUCUUACACGGUGAAAUCGAUGACCCAUUCAAUGAGUUCUUCAUUGAAAGUCGAAGUGGUGUGCCUAUUGAUCGAAUGUGGCAUGACAAAUACCGAGUCAGGGAAUGGAUGGUGCCGUCGUUCAUGUGCCGCGAGCAGGCCGCGCAGAUCCUGGCCACCGGGAAGAGCGUCGUGUUCAUGCGCGAGGCGUGCGCCGACGAGCCAGACCACGCCCCCCACGCGCACCAUCUACACUCCCUGCUCAAACCCGAUACAGAGGGUGCGGGCGCGUGGUGGGAGGCGGCCGGGCUGGGCGGCGCGGUGCGGGGCGCGCACGACGCGGCGGCGCGGCGCCUGGUGGCGGCGCUGUGCUCGCGACACCACCUACUCGAUCAUCUCGCGGCACAUCGACGCUACCUGCUGCUCGCGCAAGGGGAUUUCGUGCAUCAUCUCAUGACGCUGUUGCAGGAAGAACUGAACAAGCCCGCCACGUCCCUGUACGUACACAACCUGACGUGUACGUUGGAAGCGGCCGUGCGUGCUACCAACGCGCAGUACGAGCCGUCUCACGUGCUCGCUAGAUUGCACGUUAAUUUGUAUCCCAACUGCGACGGGCGCGAGGACAGCGGCUGGGACGUGUUCGCGCUGCAGUACCGCGUGGACGGGCCGCUGGGCACGCUGUUCCCGGCCACGUGCGCCGCGCGCUACCGGGCCCUGUUCACGCAGCUCUGGCGCGUCAAGCGCAUCGAGUACAGUCUGCACGACGCUUGGCGCGAACACACCAUACUACACAAGCGACUUAAACACAUGCCCGAGGUGUGGGCGGUGAUGCGGCGCGUGUGCUGCGUGCGGGCAGAGGCGCUGCGGGUGUGCGGCGCGCUGCAGGAGGCGAGCUGCGCGGGCGCCGAGGACGACUGGGCCGAGCUGCUCGCCGCGGCCGCCUCACGCACCGACCUCGACCGUCUGCUGCAUCUGCACCUGCGCGCGCUCGACCAGCACUCCGUGCAUGCUAUGAUACACCACUCCACGCAGGAGCUUCAAUCGUAUUUGGGGAACGUUCUGAACGAGACGUUGGCGCUUCGCAGUUUUGAGUCGAUGCUGCACGCUGGGAUCGUCGCCGAACUCGAGAGACGAGAUCGACUCGAACGACUGAAAGCAGAGAGAGUAGCGAGAGGCGAAUACGCUUUUACUGCUGCUGACGAAGCUGAGGAUAAAGAAAAGCGAAAGAAUUUCAAUCAAUUUAUAGCCAAAAGGAAAGCCGAUCUAAACGUGUGGACGCGCACGUAUAGGGGUCACGUGACAGCUCUCAUCCUCAAGCUGGCGCUCCAUUCAGAAAUCUCACUACAAACGUUGGCGUUCCGAUUGGACUAUAGCGACUUCUAUAAGCGGGGUGACGCCAAACUGCACGAGCCUCUAACAUACCAGCAUAAGCGACUCAGUGAAAUCGGACUCAAUUUAGCUAAGAGUAAAUAUAUAGAACGAUCGAAAAAGAAAUGACGAAUACUCAUUUCCCACCAAAACGUCGAUGCGCUGGGGUCUUGUUAAUGGUGCGGAACCGACACCAGCGAAUUAUGGAUCAUGCAAACACUAUGAAAUUGGAUGGUGGAGAAAAAUGUUCAAAACAAAGAAAUACAAUUAUUCAUAAAUAAUUUAAUAAAAGUUUUAUGUAAUUGCUAA